GCCUCUGGCACUCACUCGCGCCGUCCGCAGCGGAGCGGGCAGCAGCCAAGUCGGGGCCGUCCGGGGGCGCGGCCCGCGAUGCCCGCAGCCCCCGCCGCGCCCCGCCGGGCCUGCUGAGCCGCCCCCGGGCCGGGGUCGCGCCGGGCCGGGCCGCGCCCGGGGCGGGGCGGCGCUGCCUGCAUGACCCUCCGGCGGCGCGGGGAGAAGGCGACCAUCAGCAUCCAGGAGCAUAUGGCCAUCGACGUGUGCCCCGGCCCCAUCCGUCCCAUCAAGCAGAUCUCCGACUACUUCCCCCGCUUCCCGCGGGGCCUGCCCCCGGACUCCGGGCCCCGCGCCGCUGCACCCCCGGACGCCCCCGCGCGCCCGGCUGUGGCCGGUGCCGGCCGCCGCAGCCCCUCCGACGGCGCCCGCGAGGACGACGAGGAUGCGGACCAGCUCUUCGGAGCCUACGGCUCCAGCCCGGGCCCCAGCCCGGGUCCCAGCCCCGCGCGGCCGCCAGCCAAGCCGCCGGAGGACGAGCCGGACGCCGACGGCUACGAGUCGGACGAUUGCACCGCCCUGGGCACGCUGGACUUCAGCCUGCUGUACGACCAGGAGAACAACGCCCUCCACUGCACCAUCACCAAGGCCAAGGGCCUGAAGCCGAUGGACCACAAUGGGCUGGCAGACCCCUACGUCAAGCUGCACCUGCUGCCGGGAGCCAGUAAGGCAAAUAAGCUCAGAACAAAAACUCUCCGUAACACUCUGAACCCCACAUGGAACGAGACCCUCACUUACUACGGGAUCACAGAUGAAGACAUGAUCCGCAAGACCCUGCGGAUCUCUGUGUGCGACGAGGACAAAUUCCGACACAAUGAGUUCAUCGGGGAGACACGUGUGCCCCUGAAGAAGCUGAAACCCAACCACACCAAGACCUUCAGCAUCUGCCUGGAGAAGCAGCUGCCGGUGGACAAGACUGAAGACAAGUCCCUGGAGGAGCGGGGCCGCAUCCUCAUCUCCCUCAAGUACAGCUCGCAGAAGCAGGGCCUGCUGGUGGGCAUCGUGCGGUGCGCACACCUGGCCGCCAUGGACGCCAAUGGCUACUCGGACCCCUACGUGAAAACAUACCUGAGGCCAGAUGUGGACAAGAAAUCCAAACAUAAGACAGCGGUGAAGAAAAAAACCCUGAACCCAGAGUUUAAUGAGCAGGAGUUUUGUUACGAGAUUAAGCAUGGGGACCUGGCCAAGAAGUCCCUGGAGGUCACCGUUUGGGAUUACGACAUUGGAAAAUCCAACGAUUUCAUUGGUGGCGUGGUUCUGGGCAUCAACGCCAAGGGGGAGCGCCUGAAGCACUGGUUUGACUGCCUGAAGAACAAGGACAAGCGCAUUGAGCGCUGGCACACGCUCACCAGCGAGCUCCCGGGGGCCGUGCUCAGCGACUGACGCCCGCCCGCCACUGCUACCCCUGCCGCCACCUGCGCCCAGCACGGCCGGCCCCGGGCUUCCCCAGCAGCCACCAAGGCCGGUGGCCCCCACACUGGGGGAGAUCCAGAACCCCUGCUUGGACACAGAGCCACUGCAGUCCCCGCUCAGAGGACGUGGAGGGCUCAGCUACUCUGGGACGGGGAGGGCGGGGAGCUGGGCGGUGGGGGAGGCUCUCAGCCCUCUGGGCCCAAGAGGCCGGUGGUGGAAGGAGACCUCAGCACCUGCCCAGGGGAAGGGGACAGGCCCAUCUAGGAGCAAAGACCCUUCUAGAGGUCAGCCCAGGCUGAGAGGACAGGAGUGUGGGGGCGCCCUGGGGGACAGUAGGAACAGAGGAGGGAGGUGGUAAGCAGACAGACAGGUGGAGGAUGGGACCUUGAAGACUGGCUGCUCCAGCCCAAGAAAGGCUGACUGCAUCCCUCAUCUCCUUCGCUGCUGGGCAGACGGAAGAAGCGGGCCUGCUGGCUGAAAGUCUGCCAGAGUUCCCGGAGGCUCCUGAUGACGGGUAAAUUGGCACAUGCUUCACUCAAUGAUUCCACAAGCCCUGGGGGUGAAUGAGACACAGGGCCUGCCCUCAGGGAGUUCCCAUCUAGUCAGGAAGCUGGGAACAACCAUUCCAACUGGGGUGAGAAAUACCGAGACCAGCUUGGCCAGUCUGCAAGUACCGUGGGCUCUGCUGACUCUGCCGGGAAGUCAGGGAAGGCUUCCUGGAGGAGGCACUGUUUCUGUAAGGCCUUGGAGGGUGAGUGGAGGGUUCUAAAAGCAGUCCAGGCAGUGGGAGUGGUCUAAAAAGGCCUGGAGAGAGAAAGCCAAUGGGGCCGGGGUGCUGUGGACCCAGGGUCUCCUCUCCGGGGGAGGGUGUGUUAGGAAUCUCUUUCUACUGAGGGACCUCGAGGAUGGAGCCCGCCCCUCCUCCUUUCCAGCAUAAGCAUCAGGUCAGCUGCAGUGGAGAAAAGGGUCCCUUGUGCUUGGAAAAAAAAGCAAGCAUUCCUGCACAUCCUGACUCUGCCCUUUCCCUAACCCUCCACUCCGUGGCUCACACUGGGGGCCUCUGGGUGCUUGCUCAUGGCAUCUUGGUCCCACUACCGCCACAGAUGUCCCUUUUGGGAGUAAUCAGUGGCAGUCCAGGGCCUUGUCUCUGGGGAGGCCUGUGGGGCCGGCUCCAACCCCCAGGAGCUGAGCAAGAAUCACCCUGCCUUGUGGGCCUGUCUGCUCCCCUGAGUGAGACUCCCCAGGAGGCUUGAGAGUAUCUGAAUCUUGGGGCCCAUGCCUGAAGCCCGCAGACUUUCCCUGCCUACCAAGGGGCCCCUCAGGAACGCUGGGUGAACAAAUGCGGAGCCAAGGAGUUGCGCAGCCAGAGUCCCAGUGUGCUCAGCCCAUUAGUGUGUGAUGGAAACAGAGGCCCAGAGAGGUCAGGUGACCUGCCCAGGGCCUUCCAGCCCCCACACAGCUGGAACCAGGAUCCACAGCCCCCAGCCCAGAGUGCUGGACACCACACUUCAGGGGAAUUGGCAUGCUGCGCUCACAUGAGAGAGGUCCUGCUAGCUGCCAGCCUGGGGCUCACCUGCCUGCUGCCCACCCCUUCAACACCGAUAGAGGGACUCACAGGCACGACGGCGGGACCUUCCACUGCAGACGCAAAGCACAUCACCACCUGAGAUCCAGGGUCAUGAUUUGAAUCCUACCAAGUGCCCAUCAGGCCUUUCCCAGGUUGCAGGGAAAACAGGAUCCCAGCCCCCACACAGUCCCUGGCCACUUGCUGCUCGUGGAGCCUUGUCUCCCCACCUUCAGGAAGGGUUUUUGUGUGAAAGUUUUUUCAUGCACUUGUCUGAACGCAUGUUCACAGCCCUGCACGGUGGGUUUGAUUCUCAUCCCCAUCUUGCAGGUGAAACAGGUUCCCAGAGUCUGAGUAGUUUGUGACACAGCCAGGAAGGGGUGAGCCAGGACUCAAACCCAGGUCCUCUGACUGCCACUUUCUCUCCCUGGGGGUCGGUACCCCCAGUCUCUUCCCUCCUGGUCUGUCGGAGACUCAGCAGUGACCCCAGGUGAAGGCUCAGUAAGCUCAGGUGCAUGAUGGAGACCUGGGGUCUUGUCACUGUCCUGCCACCUCGUCCGCUGGCUUUGAAACCAUCCGUGCUACUUCAGGCUUCCCCAGAGGUGCCUAACCCGGCCCCAAAAUUCAGCCACCCCACCCUAGCCUCUGGGGGCUGAGGCAAGGGCUCCUCUUUUCUCCACACAGAAUGGGCACCCUUUGGGGGCCUAAGGUAAGAGGUGGUCUAUUUCUAAAAGGCCUGGUGUCUAGGUAAGCUCUGGGUAUCUUCUUAGCUUUGCUUUUUUGGGGGCUCAUUCAGAGAAGAGACUUGACAGCCUCUCUGAAGACACAGAAGUGAAUGGCAAAGCUAGAAGAGGCUGUACCCUCCACCUAGCAUGACUUCCUUAUUAGGCACGUGGGGAAUGUGGGGCGUUGUGGGCGAAAGGGGCCUGAAGGGGCAGAGCUGGGACAAGAACCCAGAACUCCAGCCCCCCAGUCCAGGGCCCUCUACUGCCCAGGCUGUGCAAAUGUGGCUGGGCCCGAAAGAUGGGGACAGUCAGGUUGGGAGGCGGGCUUACUGGCCAGCCAGCCCAGGGGCAGCACGGGCACUUGGGCAGGAACUCCCCAGGAAGUUUGGAAACCUUCCUUCCCCAGGAUGUCAGCACCCUUCUAGAUCCCAAGCAGAUUGUCUUUCUGUUAAACCAUUUUGAGGCCAGGCACGAUGGCUCACGCCUGUAAUCCCAGCACUUUGGGAGGCCGAGGCUGGCGGAUCACCUGAGGUCGGUAGUUCGAAACCCGCCUGGCCAACAUGGCGAAACCGCGUCUCUACUAAAAAUACAAAAAUUAGCCGGGCAUGGUGGCGCACGCCUGUAGUCCCAGCUACUCAGGAAGGCUGAGGCACGAGAAUCGCUUGAACCCGGGAGGUGAAGGUUGAAGUGAGCGAAGAUCGCACCACUGCACUCCAGCCUGGGCGACAGAGCAAGACUCUGUCUCAGAAAAAAACAAAAAAACAAAACGCUUUGAGAAGCGGCUCUGCCUUUGACCCCGAAUGGGCAUCUUUACUCGGGUCCAUCAGCCCCACAAAGACAGGAAAUCUGAUGCAAAAAAAAAAAAAACAACAGAAUUCAUUCCAGGUGUCAGUAACCAGGCGCUGCAUCCAACCCCGCCCCGCUCUCCGCCCCGCCCGCCGCCAGCGCCAAUCCCCGACGGGCCCGUCUUCCAGCCCCGAAGCGGUCACCUCCUGACCUCUAGUGGCGAGCGCGGGGAACUGCUUGUCCGCCCGCGGAGCCCGGGCCGUGCAUGACCUGCCCAUUGUUCCUUCGCAAACCGAGUGAACCUCCCGAUGCAUGGACUCUGGCUGUCGUCGACGCAGACUCUCGUGCACUGCUUAACACCGUUUUGCUGCCAUGUGACGGCUGCAGACACUGUCCUCAAACUGCAGUCCCACACACAAGUUUUGUACUUUGGUCUGACCUACCCGAAGGUGUCCUUUUUAAGUCUUAUUUGUUAAUAUUUAUAAUGACAUAUAAUCCAAAGUAAAUGGAAACAUCAUA